CCUCUGCAUAUCCUGCAAACUGAAAAUGGCUGCAACUACUAGAAUGGUGUUCUUGUUGCUCCUGGUGUUCUUCCCUUCCUCAAUGCUCAAGGCUGAAGCCAACCCUCACCUUCCAUAUGUCAUCAAGGCAUCUUCAUCUACUACUGGAAUUGUAACAGGCUGUGAAGGUAUAUGUAGAUGUGGUCCUUGCUGCCUGUGUGUGUAUGAUCCGAUGCCUACCUGCAAAGAGUGCUGUGAAUCCUGUGAUCCAAAACUAAAGCCCUGAGUAAUCUAUGCUGCGUGGACUAGUAAUCAGAAGAUGUUUCUACCAUAUAAAAAAUAAAUGGAGAAAUUUUAUCACCAAUAUAUAAAUAAAAUUAAAUUUUGAUUAUUAUUAUUA